GUGAUUCUCCAAAGCACCACAUUAUUCACUGUGACACUGUUCGAAAUGGUUUUUAAAUGUCUUAUAGUGUUUGUGUUGUUUGUUGUGGGGCAUAUUUCAGCUGAGAAUUUAACAAUACAAAUUGCAGAUGGUCAAGUUAAAGGAGUAGAAACAUGGAGUAUUGCCGGUAACACGUAUUAUGCAUUUUACUCCAUUAGAUAUGCCAAAGCUCCCACUGGAAUAUUAAGAUUUCAGGCCCCUGUUCCAGUAGAUCCUUGGACUGACGUGUAUGACGCAACAUAUGAGAAGAAUAUUUGCUACCAGGUAAACGUAGACUCUUCGGAUGAAGAUGAAGACUGCUUAACAUUGAGUGUCUACACACCUAUCAAUCCAUUAAACGAUGAUAAUGAAAAAUAUCCAGUAAUGGUCUACAUACACGGAGGUGGAUUUUAUUGGGGAUCUGGUCAGACCAAAAGUUAUACGGGUGGGAUUGGACCUGGUUAUCUAAUGGACAGCAAAGUCGUUAUGGUCAGCAUUAAUUACAGAUUGGGACCAUUCGGUUUCUUCUCAACUGGUGACACAGUUAUUCCUGGAAAUGCCGGACUAAAAGACCAGACUUUAGCUUUGAAAUGGGUACAAAAUAAUAUUGCAUAUUUUGGAGGAGAUACCAGCAAAGUUACCAUUUUUGGAGAGUCUGCUGGGGGAGCUUCCGUAGCAUAUCAACUUUUGAGUGCUAGUUCCAAAGGUUUAUAUACUGCAGCGAUACUGGAAUCUGGAACGGCCCUGUGCCCAUGGGCUUUUCAAAGGAACCAAACCGAAAUCACCUAUAAAACGGCUAGUUUCAUCGAUUCCCAAUUCGAUGAGAACAGAGACUCUCAACAGCUUCUGUCCUACCUACAAACCGUAGACGCUAAAGCUAUUGAUGAUGCGUCAAGAAACUAUACCGACUGGGCUGAACCUUAUGUUGAGCCUGGUGUGACUGGCAUCCUCAACGGACAAUUACAACAAGGAUUUUUCUAUGCGCCCGUAGUCGAAGUUGUCCACGAUGGAGCCUUUCUAAUUACUAAUCCCUACGAAGCUUUUGCAUCCGGAAGUUUUAAUCAAGUUCCGAUUUUAAUUGGAACUUGUUCGGAGGAAGGAUUAAUGAGUUACGACACUCAUCUUCAAUACACCUUAUCAAUGUACGAUCUUGAUCAUGCACUGCUAGUACCUCAAGGUAUGCAUGUGGCAGAUGACCAAACGAAAUCCAAGAUUGGAGAUGAAAUAAAAAAUAUCUAUUCACCCAAUGGCGAUAUGCAGGACAACUUACUUAGUGGUAUUCAAUACUACACAGACCAAAAUUUCCAGAAAUCGCUAAUUAGCCAUGCCGAAUUACAAUCUCAGUAUACAGAUGUUUAUUUUUAUAUAUUUUCGUAUUCUGGAGACAUGGGAGGAAAUAGUGAUCACCGAUAUCCAGGUUCUGGAAAUGUAACUCACACAGAAGAAGGGAAUUACAUAUUUGAAAGAAACAACCCCAAAAAUUUUCCUGUAGAUGACCAACUAGUUCACGAACGUAUAGUAAGAUUAUGGGUUAAUUUUGCAUACUACAAGAAUCCAACUCCUUCUGAAGAUUCGAUUUUACAGAACGUGACUUGGCCUUUGGUUACUGAAUCGAAUUUUCAAUACCUGGAUAUCGGUGAAAAUGUGCAGAUACUAAAGGAUCCCAAGAAGGAAAAAUAUAGUUUCUGGAAAGAUCUUUACGAAACCUAUGGAGUUAGACCAUACGAAACAUAUUAGAAUGUCAAUAAGAACUAAAUAUACAAUAAAUAAAAUAAUAAUUU